UAUUCUUCCGCAUUUUUUUUCUUUUCUAAAUUGCAUUGCAUAAAAAUAAAAUUGGACUGCAACUGAGGAAGUCAACCUAAAUUCAUGUUAAUUUGCCGAAAAAUGUUUGGAAGAUGAGAUCGACUUUUAGGAAAGUAUAAAUAAAUGCACAGAUUCAGCUUUCAUUCAGUUUCUUCGAUUCAGCAUUGGCCGCCGUUUGUCUUGUUGUUGAAAAUGGGAGGAGAUAAAGAAGUAUGAGCACAAUUUUUUUGUCGCAUGUUGUUGUUUGCGUGAGUGCUCUUUCUUGAUUCCCUCCAUUCAACACAUAAAGCUUGUUUUUUUUUCCGCUUACUCUUUCAACGACUGGUGCGAUCUCAACUGGCUUCUCUCUUAACGCUUUAAUCACUCGUAAUAGUUGGUCUGUUCACCUCUUUCUUGGUAUCUUAAGCUUCAAGUUUCGCUGCAAUCGAAGAAUUGUGAAGCUUGACCAAGCAGUGAGGCAUUGCUGCAGCUAUUCCUUUCUCAAGGGUCAAGGCAGGGGGCUGAGAUGGGGCAGGAGAACUCUGAUUCAGUUGAAUUAUCGCAAGUCAAGAUAAUAGAUUCGGGGAUAGCCAUUCGAAGUCACAAGUUCUCGUGCAGCAGCACUUGUCCAUUCUCAGAGCAUGGCUACAGUCAGUCAGAUUCAGCACAGCGGUCAAAGGCAGCUACCAAACUUUGCGGGCUUAUAGUCUGUUACCUUAUAGUCAUGGUAGUCGAGAUUCUUGGAGGUCUGAAAGCUAACAGCCUGGCUAUUCUUACUGAUGCAGCUCACUUGCUGUCUGAUAUUGCUGGAUUCUCCAUUUCUCUCUUCACUGUUUGGGUAUCCGGUUGGACAGCAACACCAGAACAUUCUUUCGGGUACCAUCGUGUUGAAGUUAUUGGAGCACUCCUAUCAGUGCAGCUCAUAUGGGUCAUGUCUGUAUCUUUGAUCUAUGAAGCGAUCAAAAGGCUUAUCACGAAGCAGACGGAAGUGAAUGGCCUACUCAUGUUUGUACUCGCUGCCUUCAGCUUGGUUAUUAAUGUUAUCUUGGUUCUUUGGCUUGGUCACGACCAUCACCAUGGCCAUUCUCACCACGACCAUUCUCAUCACGACCAUUCUCAUCAUACCUGCAACGAUGAGGGCCAUAGCCAUGAAGGAGAGGAAUCAAGAACUGGAGAUGAAGAAAGUACGAAUCUCGUCUCAACUCCACAUGGGAGCAGUCACAUGUUGAACAUCAACAUUCGAGGGGCAUACUUGCAUAUAAUAUGCGACUGCAUACAAUCCGUUGCUGCAAUGGUUGCUGGUGUUAUUAUAUGGGUAAAACCGAAAUGGCUAGUGGCCGAUCUGAUUUGCACGCUACUGUUCACCACUUUUGCUCUAACAACUACCUUCACCAUUAUAAGGGAUAUAGUCCACGUGCUGAUGGAGAGGGCGCCAGCCGACAUUGAUGCUGCUCGUCUUGAAAAUGGUCUCAAACUGAUCACAGGGGUUCACCACGUUCACGAUCUUCACAUCUGGGCCAUCACGUCAGGUAAGCACGUGUUAUCGUGUCAUGUUGUGAUUGGAGCUGAAGUCGGCCCUCAAGGAAUACUGCAAGAGAUUAGGGAAUACUGUGAACUAACCUACAAAAUUUAUCAUGUAACAAUACAAGUUGAACAAGAGUGAUAUACUAAUAUUGUCAUUUUUUCUCUUCAACUGUAUAACUGUAUUCCUUCUCCACAAUUACAUUAUUGCGUGACAAUAAAAACACUCUUGAUAGUUGAAA